AUGGCAUACACUGGACUGCCCAAGGUCCCUGAAGGCUUCGAAGACCUUUCGACAGCAUGGAAUUACCCACUUCCCAAAGUCGGGGACAGACACUCCUGCAAUAUAAUCGGAGUUUGCGUUGACUUUUUGGAAUGCACCAAAUCUGGAGGCACCGAUUACACCAUGAAGCUAACUCUGCACGACCCUUACUACAUGGAUGGUAUUGGCAUGCAGUUCCAGCUUUUCUUCAAAACCCCCUCAGGGGCGCCGCAAAUCCAAAACCAGGGCGACGUCGUGAUUUUCCGCAACAUGGGAACCUUAUACCAUGCAUCUCGCGGCAAGAUGGCGAUAUCUAGUCACUCGAGCACUUGGACAGUCGUUGAGCACGCCAGUCUCAGUGAUGCUGACGCAGACUUCUCCAACCUCAAGAUUUACCGGUCUGAGCGCGAAGGCCGACGAGCCCCUCAGCCGACAGUCGAAGAGCUCAGGUACGCCAAAGCAAUCCUUGCUCUCGAUGACCCCUCGACCUGGCAAGCCCCACCGAAAUCCACCUCUCUUCAAAUCCAUGCCACCAUGUUAGCAAGCGGCGGCACCCCCAGACCGCCACCGAGGAAGCAUCGUGUUAUUUCAUCCCUGGAGGUCCCAUCUCACAAUCGUGUCUAUGUCGAUCUAACCGCCGAAGUUCGACGUUCCUACGAUACAGAUCGGCUCCUUGAACUAUACGUGACCGACUACACUCUGAAUUCAGAUCUAUACGACUAUGUUCACGACCCUCAUAACUCGGACACCAUCCAUGACUAUGGCGAUCAAUUUGGCUAUGCUUCCAAGACAAACCAAAACUGGCCAGGGCCAUGGGGCAAGCAGACCAUGACCGUUGUGCUCUGGGAGCCACACCGUAGUUUUGCCCUGAAGAACAUCACGCCUGGUGACUUUGUAACACUCCGUAAUGUGCACCUUAAGAUGGACACCCAAGGCGCAAAGCUAGAAGGUGUGAUACAUGGAGACAAUCUACACCCAGACCGCAUACUGGUAUCACGGCUCCGGCCUCGUGACGCCAGCAACAAUGAAGAGCUGAAAGACCUCCUGCGGCGCAAACAGGCCUACGAGGAAUACUGCAAGCGUAGCGGGCUGCGCUUCAUACGGAACGCCGACCCGGCCGAAUUGAAGACAGCGAACGAGAAACGCAAAGCAGAAGCGGGUAUCGGAGAGCCAGAACCGCAGCCUGGUGAGCAAGACCCGCAGGACAGCCGCACCAGGAAGAACCGCAAGAAGAAAGAGAAGCUCCGUGCCCGAGCCGCUGCAAAGGCCGCCGCCAGCGCCACCACCUCAACUGAAGCCAAGAGCGUUGUGCCAUCCCUAGCACCAAACGCCCACGUCCGCACCAACGCCUCUCCUGCCUCACUCAUCCGCAUCGACGCCAUCCUCGACCCAUCCCUCCUCCAGCGCAAAACGCCAGAGGGAAACACGUGGACCACACCAUUCCAGAACUGCCGGUACAAGAGCCGCGUGCGGGUAGUGGGCUACUUCCCAGCAAGCCUCGAGGCAUUCUCCGUCCGUGUGCGACGAAGCCAGUACGCCGAACUGUCAGACAUGGAGAGCCAGUCCGGGAUCAACGAAUCGGCGGACGAGGAUGGCAGCGACGCCAUGGACGUGGACGACAGCGGCGAUGACACACAGAGCGAGGUGCGGUGGGAGUGGCGCUUCGCGCUGCUUGUCGAGGAUCCUUCACCGCGUGCAAGCAGCAAAACCACUAAAGCGGCGCUGUGGCCGCGGGAGCGCAGGCAGUUGCGUCUCAUCGUCAAUGGCGCGGACGCAGAAUACCUGCUGCGCGAGGAGGCGUGCGACCUGUCCAAGGACCCGCAGGCUCUGGCGCGGCUGAAGGAGAAGCUGUUCGUGCUGUGGGGGGACUUGCAGGAGAAGAUGGAGGAGCUGGAAGCCGCUGGGAAACAUGUGCUUGGCGAUGGGGAGGUUGACGUGGAGGCGCCAUCGGUGCAAGCGAGCUCACAGCCCUUUGAGUGUUUCAUUGCCGAGUACGGAGUGAAGAGGGAGGGCACGGACGGGACGAAGGCGGAGCACUGGGAGCGGUGUUUCCGAAUGUUCCAUACCAGUGUUGCCUGA